AUGGUGCAGCUUGAUAUUGAGAAGACGCUCUCGAAGCUGGACUUGCACGACAAGAUUGCUCUUACUGCUGGAAACGAUUUCUGGCACACAGUCCCAAUAGAACGCCUCAACAUCCCAUCUGUCCGCACCUCAGAUGGACCAAACGGCGUCCGCGGAACUCGUUUCUUCAAUGGAGUUCCAUCAGCAUGUUUACCAUGUUCAACUGCCCUCGGCUCAACUUGGGAUGUUGAGCUACUCGAGCAGAUUGGUGAACUGUUAGGUGAUGAAGCCCGAUCAAAGGGUGUCCAUGUCCUGCUCGGUCCCACAAUCAAUAUCCAGCGCUCGCCUCUUGGUGGUCGAGGAUUUGAAUCCUUUUCCGAGGAUGGAUUGCUUUCUGGUAUCCUAGCGGGUCACUUUUGCAAAGGUGUUCAGUCAAAAGGAGUCGGUGCCACUUUGAAGCACUUCGUGGCUAAUGACCAAGAGCAUGAGCGCAUGGCUGUUGAUACGAUUGUUACUGCCAGAGCGUUGCGUGAGAUAUAUUUACUACCGUUCCAGCAAGCACUGAGGAUUUGCCAGACGGCAUGCUUUAUGACUGCUUAUAACAAGAUUAAUGGAACUCACGUGAGCGAGAAUGCAAGCAUCAUUGAUGACAUUUUGCGCAAGGAAUGGAAAUGGAAAGGCCUUAUUAUGAGUGACUGGUUUGGUACAUAUAGCACUUCCAAAGCAAUCAACGCCGGUCUGGAUCUCGAAAUGCCAGGCCCAACUAGAUGGCGAGGAUCAAACCUCGCCCAUGCAGUCAAUUCACGAAAAGUGGCCGAUCACGUUCUUGAUGAAAGAGUGCGCAACGUCCUCAAACUCGUCAACCACGCCAAGGAAUCCGGCAUCCCAUUUGACGCCGAAGAGAAAGGUCUCAAUCGCCCUGAAGAUCAGAAACUCCUUCGUCGUGCCGCGGCUGAGUCUAUCGUGCUCCUCAGAAACAACAAUAACGUUCUCCCCUUUGACAAGAACAAAUCCAUCGCUGUUAUAGGACCAAACUCCAAAGUUGCAUCUUACUGCGGCGGUGGUUCCGCAUCUCUACCAGCAUACUACACAGUGACUCCGUUUGAAGGAAUCAGCAACGCAAGCAAAGCCGACGUCAAAUUUUCUCAGGGCGCUUAUGCGCACCAAACUCUUCCUCCCUUGGGACCAUUGAUGCAGACCCUUGACGGAAAGAAGCAGGGCUUCGAGUUCAAGGCAUACCUUGAUCCACCUGAAGAGAGGAACAGUGACAGCAAGCUAGUUGAUGAGUUACAUCUUGUUAACUCAUUUGGUUUCCUCGCGGAUUACAAGAACCCACGUAUUCCUGGGUCGUUGUUCUACGCCGAUAUGGAGGGAACUUUCACCCCGGAAGAGGAUGGCUUGUACGACUUUGGCGUUAUUGUGAUUGGCACUGGAAAGUUGUUCGUGGACGGUGAGCUUGUCGUGGAUAACGCUACUACCCAGAGACAAGGAAUAGCCAUGUUCGGCAAUGCAACGGUUGAAGAGAUAGGCUCCAAGGAGCUCAAGGCUGGACAAUCAUACAAGAUUCUGUUUCAAUACGGUAGCCGGCCAACAUCGAAAUUGGAGAGCCGUAGCGUUAUUGACUUUGGUCUUGGUGGAUUUUCUUUCGGCGCAGCAAGACGUUUGAAUCCGGAGGAAUCGAUCCAGCAGGCCGUUGACUUGGCGUCAAAGACGGAACAAGUUGUUGUUGUCGCUGGCUUAAAUGGCGAAUGGGAGACUGAAGGUCAUGACCGGGAGAACAUGGACCUGCCACCGGGCACGGAUGAAUUGAUUUCUCGCGUCCUCGAUGCCAACCCCAACGCUGCCAUUGUCAUUCAAAGCGGCACGCCCGUCACCAUACCCUGGGCAGACAAGGCCAAUGUCGUAGCUCAAGCAUGGUUCGGAGGUAACGAGCUCGGAAAUGGUCUUGCUGACGUCCUUUAUGGCGAUGUAAAUCCAGCCGGAAAGUUGUCUUUGACUAUUCCUGUCCGUCUACAGGACAGUCCAUCAUAUAUCAACUUUGGCUCUGAGCGGGGCCGUGUAUUGUACGGAGAGGAUGUCUAUGUGGGAUAUCGGUACUUUGAGAAGGCUGCAGUCAAGCCAUUGUUCCCAUUCGGACAUGGUUUGUCAUAUACUACAUUCACACGAUCAGAUCUGUCCUUGAAGGUAGACGCAGAGAAGCCUAUUCUAGAAGAUGGAGAGAAGAUAACCGCCUCGGUGACUGUCACCAACACCGGCUCGGUCGGUGGAGCAGAGACAGUGCAGCUAUGGAUUCAACCUCCUAUUCUCGAGAAUAUCAAAAGACCCGCCCGUGAAUUGAAGGGAUUUACCAAGGUCUAUCUACAGCCAGGAGAAAAGAAGACUGUCUCAAUUACGGUUGAGAAGAAGAUUGCAACCAGCUUCUGGGACGAGAUUAGAAAGUCCUGGGCAUCUGAGAAGGGUGAUUAUACGGUUCUGAUUACUGGAACUGGAGACGAAAAGCUUUCUACGCAGUUUAGCGUUGAGAAGAGUCGGUAUUGGCUUGGGUUGUAG